AUGGACGAGGUGACGGUACUGCAGAUGGGGGAGAACUCCCUCCUGAAGGCGGUGUGGCUCGGCCGGCUCCGGCUGACCAGGCUCCUGCUGGAAGGGGGGGCUUACAUCAACGAGAGCAACGAGAAAGGGGAGACCGCCCUCAUGGUGGCCUGCAUCACCAAGCACGUUGACCAGCAGAGCAUUAGCAAGGCCAAGAUGGUGAAGUACCUGCUGGACAACAGAGCCGACCCCAACAUCCAGGACAAGUCUGGGAAAACGGCCCUCAUGCACGCCUGCAUCCGAGGCGCCGGGGGAGAGGUGGUGUCCCUGCUGCUGGAGAACGGGGCUGACCCCAGCCUGGAGGACCACUCCGGAGCCUCUGCGCUGGUCCAUGCCAUCAACGCGGAUGACAAGGCCGUGCUGCAGCACCUCCUGAAUGCCUGCAGAGCGAAGGGGAAGGAGGUGAUCAUCAUCACCAUGGACAAGUCAGCCACCGGCACCAAGGCCACCAAGCAGUACCUGAACAUGCCCCCCUCGCUGGACUUCAAGGAGAGGGCCCCCCCCGAGGCGUGCACGGCAGCCCCCAGCCUCAGCCUGACAGCAGCCGUCCCGUCCCCCCCGCCCGCUGAGAAGGAGGACUGUGCCUUUGGGCCGCACUCGGCCCAGCCCGGGGACAGCCCCCCUGCCAAGGCCACCACCGAGCCGCCCUCCCCGGGGCGGAAAAGCAGCGCUGCCAAGAGAACGCGGCUGCCCCAGCUGAAGCGGCUGCAGUCCGAGCCCUGGGGGCUGGUCGCGCCCUCAGUGCUGGCCGCCUCCGCGCACCACGAGGACCAGCGGGUGCGCACGGAUGACGAAGUCAUCGUGGGCAUCGGUGAGCUCUCCUUUUCCAAAAAGGCUCCCCUCACCCGGAGCAACAGCAGCAAGAGCAAAGACCCAUCUCUCUUCCCCCUGGUGGACGAGCAGGCUCUGAGGACGCCGUCAGCCUCGGGGCCGGUCUCCAGGAAGGCGGCCUACGAGAAGAGCCCGGCCGGCCCCCAGCGCCUGCCCCGCAGGAGCACGGUGCCCGAACAGCCGGAGAGCGGCGGCCCCGGCUCCGCGGGCCCGGCAGUGAUGGAGGCGCUGCACUGGCGGAGGCUGGGUGCCGAGCACCACGACUGCGACGACAGCACGGGCCUGGCUGAGGUGGGGAAGGUGGCCUCGGAGAGGAGGAAGCUGAACGGGUCCCACCUGGCCCUGCUCAAUGGCUCGCGGGAGGCCCUGGACAGCCUCGCCAGCACGUCGCCUGGGGCUGUCCGGCGCCGGCCGCCCAACCUCCUGGAGCGGCGAGGGUCCGGGACCCUGCUGCUAGACCACAUCUCUCAUACCCGGCCGGGGUACCUGCCCCCUCUGAAUGUGAACCCCAACCCCCCCAUCCCUGACAUUGGCUCCAGCAGCAAAUCUUCCUCCCUGCUUGCUGCUGGCUUGAAGUCCCUGGUGCCCAUCGCUCCCAGCUCACCCAAGCGGGGUGACUUGAGAACCAAAAAGAAGCUUCUCCGGAGACACUCCAUGCAGGUGGAGCAGAUGAGGCAGCUCUCUGAUUUUGAGGAAAUAGUGGCCCAGUAG